AUGGCCACCCUUGGUCCUGCUGUCUCCUCGUUGCGUUCCUCCAUCUCCCUUCUCGAAUCGAGCAUUUCAAUCCUGGACGAAGGCGUCUCAGACUUCCCUCGCCUCUGCAAGGUCCUACAGACGCAACAACACUUUGAACUCCUUCCCGAACCCACGCUUCGCGAAGCUCAGCAGUCUUUGGUCGACGAGAUCGUGCCGGCUAUCAACCAACUCUUGUCCACGGCUGAGAACCACAUCAACCAAUUGGGACGGAGAGAAGAGAGCCUCAAAGCCAGAUCGGAAUUGCUCGAAGGGAGACUGAAUAGUAGUAGGCGGAGGACCUCGAGUUUCGGUGGUGGCAACGGCACUCGUUCUUUCCGUACUACGCAAUCGGGACACCUUGCGCAGCCGUUGACCGAUGCCAAAAUGCUGGAGAUGAAGCGCUUGCAGCAGAAGAAAGAGAGGCUGCAAUAUGCCAUUGAGCGACUGGAACUGCAAAGCAAACAAAGAGAGAGAGAGUUGAGAAAGAGCAUGGCUAUCGUGAAAGAUUCACCAUAG